CCAUCUACCAUACUCAUCUCUUCCUUCGCUUUCCAACCUCAAAAGAAAGAAACUUUCUUCCUUCACUCCCUCUUUUUUCUUCAAUUCUCUGUUUCAACACACUCUCUCUCUCUCAAGUUCUCAAGUGUAGUAGAGUAUGACAACGCACAUUGAUAACCUGUGGGUGUUGGCCUUGGCCUCCAAAUGCACUCAAGAGAACAUUGCAUGGUCACUCUUGAUCAUGCUCUCUCUCUGGCUCACCAUGACUUUCUUCUACUGGUCUCACCCUGGUGGUCCUGCUUGGGGUAAGUACUACUCCUUCCAUUACUGGAAAAAGCCCACUUCAACCUCAUCCAACAACCUUAACCUUUCCUCGGAUACUGACAAAAUCAUUCCCGGUCCCAAAGGCUACCCUAUUUUCGGGAGCAUCACCCUCAUGAUCUCCCUCGCCCACCACCGUAUCUUUGCCGCAGCCAAGGCAUGCAACGCCAUCAGGCUCAUGGCCUUCAGCCUCGGAGACACCCGUGCCAUAGUCACGUGCCACCCCGAUGUCGCUAAGGAGAUUCUCACCAGCUCUGUUUUCGCUGAUCGUCCAAUCAAGGAAUCUGCAUACAGUCUCAUGUUCAACCGCGCCAUCGGUUUCGCCCCAUACGGUGUCUACUGGCGCACCCUCCGCCGCAUAGCCGCCACUCACCUCUUCUGUCCCAAACAAAUCAAGGCCUCCGAGCUCCAACGGGCAGAAAUAGCCGCCCAAAUGACCCGCUCCUUCUUGAACCGCCAAGGUGCCUUUCAGCUUCGUCAGGUUCUGAAAAAAGCUUCUCUUAACAACAUGAUGUGGUCUGUCUUUGGACAAAGAUAUAAGCUGGAUGAGGCAAACUCAGAAAUGGAGGAGCUUUCCCAGUUGGUGGAACAGGGGUACGAUUUAUUGGGUACCCUUAAUUGGGGCGACCACCUCCCUUUUCUCAAAGACUUUGACCUCCAGAAAAUCCGGUUCACUUGCUCAAAACUCGUCCCCAAAGUAAACCGGUUCGUUGGUUCAAUUAUCGCCGACCAUCAAGCCGACAUAACCCAAACCAACCGCGAUUUCGUUCAUGUUUUGCUCUCUCUCCAAGGUCCAGAUAAAUUGUCUCACUCCGACAUGAUUGCUGUCCUCUGGGAAAUGAUAUUUAGAGGGACCGACACGGUGGCGGUUUUGAUUGAGUGGAUAUUGGCGAGGAUGGUGCUUCAUCCAGAGGUGCAAAAGAGAGUGCAAGAGGAACUGGACGCGGUGGUUGGUGGUGGGUCACGUGCCUUGACGGAGGACGACGUGGCCAUGACUGUUUAUCUUCCGGCGGUGGUGAAGGAGGUUCUGAGGCUGCAUCCUCCAGGCCCGCUUCUCUCCUGGGCCCGCUUGGCCAUAACUGAUACCACCAUUGAUGGGCAUCAUGUGCCCGCAGGGACCACGGCUAUGGUAAAUAUGUGGGCCAUAGCACGGGACCCGGAAGUAUGGGUGGACCCACUCGAAUUUAAGCCGGAGAGGUUCGUGGGUUUGGAGAACGAGUUUUCUGUUUUCGGGUCGGAUCUGAGACUUGCUCCAUUCGGAUCGGGUAGGAGGACUUGUCCCGGGAAGACUCUGGGUUUGAGCACCGUGACCUUCUGGGUGGGCAGUCUCUUGCACGAGUUUCAAUGGGUACCGUCCGACGAAGCCAACGGUGUCGAUCUAACUGAGGUGCUGAGGCUCUCUUGCGAAAUGGCCAACCCCCUCACUGUUAAAGUCCGUCCUAGGCGUGGACUAAGCCCUUAAAAUAAUAAUAGCAAUGUUUAAGUUUGUUUAAGUUAUUAACUUGAAACUCUGUUUUAAUGGAAAGAGAAAAACAAAAAAAAAAAAAAGAAAGGAAGGUUUUGCAUGUGGCAGGGGUUGGUGGUAGGUGCAUGGCCUUUGAGUCAUCAGGUUUUUCUCUUUUUUCUUUUUCUGGUUUUUGGUUUUUAAGUUGACAGUGAAGUCUGAAGUUGUCCGGUUAUAAAAAAUUAGAUAAUAUCUAUUUUGAUUGUAAAUAUUGGUGAAGAAAUUAAUACAAGUUUUUAAGUUUGGCUCUAGCAUUUAAA